UUUCCUCCUCAUGUUUCCAGUUCAGCAUCCCAGCUUCAACUGAUCCACUUCACUCUCUCUCUCUCUCUCUUGCACACAAACACUUUGCAUUUGUUGUUGUUGUUGUUGUUGUUGUUUUUCGCAUCCGAGACGAAUGUGGCCCUGAUUUCCCUCCAUCUGCUUCAAAAUCUGCUUUUCCGAGUUCAGCAGGAAGCCUGAAUCUGCAGAUCGUCUCCUCGCCAUCAGCUCAGCGUGCCCUAUGUCUGCUGCAGUGAUGGCCGCCUCUGGUUCUUGCAUGAACCUCCUAAGGAGAAACCCCACCUUCCAGCCUCUUCAUCCUCUCCAUCCUGCUCUCCAUCCUCCUCUCCAUCCUCCUCUUCACCCUCUCGGCUCAGACACACAUUCUUUCCUGAGCCAGCAGUCUUCCAUCCUCCAUGAGCAAAUUUUCAACCUUCCAUAUUUCAACAUAAUCCAACCGAAUCACACACACAGACCUCAGCACACACCGGGCUCUCUGUCAGGCUUCAACAGCCCUGCUUCAUCCUCCUCUUCCUCUUCCUCUCCAAACAAAGACGCCUUCAUGCACCCUCAGAUGAUAGAGGAACCGAAGCGCACUUAUAGUUUCACCCAGGAGGAUUUGUUCACUGUGCUCUAUGGAUACAGUAAAGACCAUCAGCAGGGGGUCGGACACGCCAUCUCAGGACUGCUGCUACCUAAUGACCCAGACCUGCUGCCUGCCAGCAUCGACACAGGAAGUCUCGAGCUGCCUGAAGGUCUGUGUGUGCUCCGGUGCUCGUGCGCCGGUGUUCCCCACUGUGGGGUUUUUGCCGCGCGCAACUCUAUACCUAAAGGCACGCGCUUCGGGCCGUACCGCGGGAAAGCGGUGAACACAAGCGAGAUCAAAACACACCACGACAACACACUCAUGUGGGAGAUCUUUGAGAAGGGUCGGUUGAGUCACUUUGUGGACGGCGGCGGCGCGCGCGGCAGUUGGAUGUCGCUGGUGCAGUGCGCGCGCUUCCCGGAGGAGCAGAACGUGGUGGCGGUGCAGCGCGCGGGCCGCAUUUACUACGAGACGUGCCGCGAGGUGCGACCCCUGCAGGAGCUGCUGGUGUGGUACGGAGACACCUACACCCUGUACAUGGGCAUCCCCAUGUCCCUCAGAGAGGAGGAGGAGGAGGAGGAGGAGCAGGACGGAGACUCGGCUGAGGGCUAUAAAUGUGAUCGAUGUGGAAAGGUCUUCGCUUACCGAUACUACAGAGAUAAGCACCUGAAGUACACGCGCUGUGUGGAUCAGGGAGACCGGAAGUUCCCCUGUCAUCUCUGUAACAGAUCGUUCGAGAAGAGAGACCGGCUGCGCAUCCACAUCCUGCACGUGCACGAGAAACACCGCCCGCAUAAGUGCUCUGUGUGCGGCAAAAGUUUUUCUCAGUCCUCGAGCCUCAACAAGCACAUGCGCGUGCACUCCGGAGAGAGGCCUUACAAAUGCGUCUACUGCAACAAGGCGUUCACUGCCUCCAGCAUCCUCCGCACACACAUCAGGCAACACUCAGGUGAAAGGCCAUUUAAGUGCAAACACUGUGGGAAAGCCUUCGCCUCUCAUGCGGCCCAUGACAGCCACGUACGCCGGAGCCACGCCAAAGACAAACCGGUGGCAUGUGAUCUCUGUGACAGCACGUUUGAUCAAGCAGAGGAGCUUAAAGAGCACAUGAAGAUCCACAAGAAGUGCCCGCUCAUGCAGUCCCCGGCUCUUCCUUCCUCUCCUGGAACACACACGGCAGAUCAGAAUGGCCCUUUAAACACCAAAUGUGGUCGAGUGCAGCGGGACCUCACCACGAGUUUCCCGCCUUUUCCAGGAAUCCCCUCCAGUUACAGACCAUGGAAUUAACUCACCAACCUUUGUGACUCCAUCCUAACCUGCGCACUAACAUACCACACAGCAUGGCUGUGAUCUAAUUCAAGACACAGGUCUUAGCUCAGGCAUAGGAUCCUGGACAUUGCUGGUGUGUUCAAACUAGUACACUAGCCUAGCUUAGCAUCAGGUGUAAUAGGCUAGGCUAUGUAACAACUUAAACGCAGUGUGAUUGGAACAUUCACCAGGAACAUUCUGGAGCCCAACAACAAUAACCACCUGGCCAGAGUUUUCAUUCCCUGAAUAGAGCUGAACAAUGAGGGGUCUGGAAGUAAAUAUGGCAUUUGUGAUGGCUGUAAUAAAUUAGAUGUUUGGUGAUGAAGCUAAGCUAUACGCUACUUUUUGUAUAUAUUGUGAUUAAUCGCCAAAGUCCCUGUGAAGUCAUGGAACAUGGAAAUUGCACUGGACAGGACCAUCCACUUUUUCAACAGCCUUGUUUCCAGAAGCACCCUGACUACGACAUAGUUUGCUAGACCACUAGCUAAGUUAAUGAAUGAGCUGCUGAAUUAGGCUAAAAUAGCUGGCACUCUGGUGCAACAUGUAACAUUGCCAGUCCUGAGCCCAUGCUACUGUCUGUGUGGAGUUUCACAUGUUCUUCCCAUGUUCUUCCCAUGUUAGCAUGGGCUUCCUCGAGGUUCUUCAGUUUCCCCCUCCCUCCUAAAAACAUGUUGUUAGGUGAAUUGACUAUGCUAAAUGGCCGUAGGUGCGAAUGUAUGAUGCCUUGUGAUGGAAUAGCGUAUUCCUACCUCUCUUUCCACAUUCCCGGAAUAGUCUCCACAUCCACCUUGACUCUGACCAGGAUAAAGUGGUUACUGAAGAUGAAUGAAUGAAUUAGGUUAAAAUAAUCAGACAUAUCAAACAAAUAAAUCGACUAUAUAUACACAAUAACUACAAAACACUUUACAAAGGAUUGUUAAUCCUUAAAAGCACACUGGAGACACUAGAGAAAAUACACAAGAGCAUCAUGGGAUCAGUAGCUCUUUCCACUGGAAAAGACAUUCGUGAUGCAGUCGUGUACCUCGUUGAGAGAAACUUCCAGAACCAAGGCCUCUUCAGCUCUGUCAGCCUAUUGUUUCAGUCUUUCUUGAUUUCAUCCUGUUCUAUUUAAUACACAUGUAAGUAGCUUAUAUUUAAUAUUAUAAUUUCCUCUUGUGGUUUUUAUUGUGAUUUAAUGUCUUAAUUUAUUACACUGUAUGUUUUUAACUAGAAGUGGUGUUUUGUUGUUUUUCAACUUGCAGCAAAUUGUGAUGUGCUGUAAAAUUAUUAUUAUUAUUAUUAUUGUUAUUGUUAUUAUUAUUUUGUCAUUGUUAAACUAGCUAAUCAUGUUUAUAUUGCAAAUGUCAUUUUUCUGUGAUUCUAUCCAUAUAAUGUAUAGCUGUAAGCUAAACAUGGCAUUGUAUCACUAUAAACAAAAAACAUACAGCAUGAAUCAUGAGUAAUCUCAUUAAUUCAGUAAAGAGUUGUUUUACACAUUCCAUGUGGUGUUUUGAUUCGUCUGAAUCAGCGUGAUGCAAUGUCUCACUGAAUCAGUUCAGCAUCUUAUCAGAUUAUCAUUUGAACCCGUUGC